UGGUGUGACGCGGCGGUGACGUCGUGCCGGGGGAAGUUGUUUUUGCUCGACUCUUGUAAGAGUUGAUCAGUUACCGGUGAACCCAGAGUCCCUGGUCCCGGAAUAAAGACAAUAAUGUGCCGAUGAGUCUCUCUUGUAGCUGAGGCUGUGGUUGAUGAAGGAAUGGAGGUGCUGGACAGUCCUCUCAAUCUCGCCCAUCAACAGUGCAGGAAAGCAGAGCGCUUGCUGGCUGCUGGGAAAUUUGAAGAUGCCAUCUCCUGCCACAGAAAAGCUGCAGAACUUCUCAAGGAGGCCAUGAAGCUCACCGAGUGUGAACAGGCUCGCCUGUCACUGGAGCUUCAGAGGGACAGUCACAUCAAGCAGCAGAGGCUGAUCGAGGAGCAAUGGAAGCGAGCGAAGCGAGAGGACAAGCCCAGAACACUCCAGCAGGUCCAAGCCACCGACCAAACGCCACGCCGCCACCUACAGCCGGGCGGAACCGACAUGGACGCCUCCCAACCCUCUGAACGCGAGUACGACACCUGGUUGUACCUCCUGAAAAACAAAGGCACUGUUCCAGAGCCCUGCGCAGGCAGUAAAGCCCAGAAAGAUGACAAAACCCGUCUGGAAGAGCAGCAGACCACCAUCAUCGACCUACGCAACCUAGUGGACCGACUGGUGUCCGAAAAUGAGCAGCUGAAACGGGAGAACGAGCAGCUACGGACGGAGAAUGCACGGCUGAAGAAGGAACUCUAUGCUGAUGCCGACUUCGUGGAGCGGUCGGAGCUGUGGGUGCUUCCGCAGACGGCCGAGGAGCGCAAGGCCAAGGACAUUCCCAUCCCACAGCUCCCUCCGCUGGAGAUGCCCACUCAGGAGAUCCCUCUGGAAGACCUGCCCGGCCUGGAGCUUCCUGAGGACAUCCAGCAGGAACUGCAGGAGCUUUUGGACGGGGAGAAGCUGUGACCACGCACACUCAAAACACACACCAAAGGGAGACUUUGAUCGCCAUCGUGUGCUAGCGAACACACACAGAGGAAGCACAUUCACAGUGAAGCAGCCCAGCGGCGGAAAUGACGGUUCACCUGAGCGCCCUACUCAACUUCUUAGUGGCGCCCUGUAGCGAUUGGAUAUACAAAGAAAGAAAACAACGCUUUUUGAAGUACGUGUGCCUUUUUGAACAUUUGUUACCUGUUUUUUUUUUGUUGUUGUUAUGAAGUACGUGUGAAAAGGGACAUCUGAGAUUCUGUUGAACAUUAUGUUAUCAGCAGGUGAAUUUGCCUCUUGCAAAAUCCCACUUUGAAUCGAAACCUAUUUCCUACAUAGACACUGUGAACUACUUUUAUAAUGUGUGAGUGUGUGUGUGUGAGGGUUUUGUGCAGUAUCUGUUGAUGUUGUGCUUCUACAGUUUUAAGUUGUCCAUCAACAGUGUAGAUUUAGGGAAGAUUCAUCAAUGCAAUUUAGGUCUGCGUUCUGUUUCCAUAAACUGAUAACCAGCUUGCAGCACUUGUUUUGCCUUAUUGCAGUUAGUACGAAGUCAUCUCUGGACGAUUUGUAGCAACCUGUAAAACGAAAACAGCUUUGGUUUAUUUCUAUAGGAUAAGGGAUUUUGAACAUGAGUGUGAGACUACUGCAUUGGGAACGAUAAGCAAUAAUCAUGUCAAGUGCUACAGAAUCACUCAUUCAUUUAAUUUAGUUGUUUCUCGUCACCGCUCACUUCUCCGCUGUGUCAUACUUCAGACACAAUGCCAAGAGCAUUGGAAUAGACACGUCCUAAAAGCUUGGCUCUUUGGACCUGUGUGGAUGAACCGAGGAUGUUGUUCGUUGUUUUGAAGCUUUGUUUGUCCUGUACUCAUCAAUCAAGAACUGUGUGGAUCACGGUGUUAAUAUUUUCAGGUAACUGAUUGCACAAUCAUACCUUGCUCUAACAAUAAACCAGGUCCUCACACUAAUCAAAAGCAUACCAACAUGUGCCAGACGAGCCUGGGAAGACAUAUGGCUUAUAUCUGUGUCAUGAAGAGGGAACCAAACUCACAUUUUGCUCUUUUUUAUUAUUAUUAGUUUGUUUUAGUUCAAUGUUUAAUUACUGGUUUACCACAGUAAUCAGGGUGCAUCAAAUUAUUAUUUGUUUUAUUUUUACAUUUUGGUUUGUGAUGUAAUAAUCAAUGGAAAUCAUAUGAUGACAUUUUUUUGAUGCAUGAAUGGCUGUUCUACGGUAGCUGUAUGUAUAUAUGAUUAAGAUAUUGAAAACAAGAUUUAUGUAUAAUUCUUUUGUGAGUUUCUUGUUCUGACAAGCAUUAAAGAUUUUAACAAGUGGCAGCAUAAAUCUGUUUUGAGGUGUUGUACAGUUGUUCAACUGCUUGUACGCUAUUUCUAAUACAGUAUAUUGAAAGUACA